GUCUUGACCUUUCCAGGAACAAGCUGAGCGGCCCCAUCCCAUCCCAGCUGGGCAACCUUUCAGCACUGCAGAGUCUUGACCUUUCCAGGAACAAGCUGAGCGGCCCCAUCCCAUCCAAGUUGGAGAACCGUAUACUGCGGCGUCGUGCCUUUUCCAAGAACAUGCUGAGCGGUGGCUUCCCUGCUGGGGUCCGAGAUCUUGGCGCCCUGAUCACUUCAGACGUUGGGCUGAUUGAGCGUCAAGGCAGUGUGGACCGCUCCGAGGACGAUGGGACGGGCCCUGCAUUGGUCGUCGGUGGAAGCCCGAUCUUCUCGGAAGGCAAGACAGUCGCCGAGUCAGAGCCCUCGGUCUACAGCCUAAAAGGUGAGCAAGUUGGGAGCGACAAGGGCACGGCCAAGAAUGCUCCGCCUCAGCUUCAACAGAUUCUACCCCUCCUGCUCACCUUCCUUGAUAGCCGCAGCUGGUGUGUUUGCCUGGCAGUUAGUUCCGCAGCGCGUGAUGCCGUUCGAGCCUUGUUCUCGGGCUUGAUGACAGUUGGGCCAAGACCCGAAGAGAGAUGGACAGUCCCGCUAGAUGUACUGACGCUGAAGACGGACGGAGCAGGCAUCGCUCACAUGGCUGCCAAUGAAUGCAACAUCACAAUACACGGCUCAGCAGGGGACCUUGCACACCUGAAAGCUGUGAUUGUUCCACCCCCGCAGUCCGGGUUCAUCACGGUCAAGGGGGAGCAGUACAUUGCCACGUCUCCGAUUCUUCGUUGCCGGUGGACAGGAAACGACUGUUCCCAGGGUCCGUGGACGGUGAGCUUUCCCUUGGAAGAGGAGGACGGUUUGUCCAACCCAACGGAGCUUUCUCGAGUUCUUCGCCGAGGUGAUGAGCUUUGGGAUGAGUGGGAAGUGCAGACGGCCGGGCUGAAGGCCUCUCUGCGGCACACGUCCAUGCAAGUGGAGGUCACGCACUUCUCGGAUGUUGUGACGGCUGACAAACUACGCGAGAUCGAAGAGAAAUGGGCAAAAUCCUACUACGAGAGGAAGAGAUGGUGGGGAGCACCGUCUUUUUCCAGGCACGCACAUGUUUACAACGCUUCUUCAGAAGAAAUGACUGUUCUUCAGGAACUCCCCCCUCGGAUGGACGCAGAAAGAGGUGUACAAAUACCGACUCCCCAUGGCGGUGGUGGUAUGAACAGAGCGUACACGACACCUGAUGGAAACGCUAGAGAGCGUGCGCUAUUGCCACCGUGGCCCAAUGCCAACGGUGGCGAUGGCAAUGAUCCCCCAAUCAUUUCCGCCAGAUUCAGAACGCUCCCCGGCGCCGGGGAAAUGUGCGUGGUCCCAUAUACUGUGCGCGUCGACCCCGAGCACAACCUAAGAGUGUUCCCCCGGGACUUCUUUCGAUGUUUAGCAGGGUAUGACUACUAUUUGCUUCAAAAGAUGCUAGAUGUUCGGGCCAGGUACAGGGAGAGGGACGUUAAAGAUUUGAACGAAGAGGAAACCGUUAUACACGAGGUAAAGCCACGUCGCUAGGAAGACCAGUUUAUUUCGAAGAAAACUCAAGUUGAACGGAAUUACGUCAGAGGAACAUGGGUUGUAUGUGCAACAGGCGUAUUCCAUGAAGGGUGUGGGGCGGGGUGAGGGUACACGUUUUACGCGAAGGUACGGUCGUGGUAACGGGAUCCCGAUCGUGCGCCCUGCGAUGGCUCCUUUUGGAUGGGUUCACGCUCGAGUCGGCUUCGUGGACGUUGAAUAUUGUGUGCGGAAUGGCAGCGGAUACGCCAGUGAGCAGAACGUCGUUGAGAAAAAUGUGUACCACCACCCCUGUAGUAUUCUCGGCAGCGCCCUGUUUUCCAACCCUCAUGGGCACAAACUCCCCGGUUCCGGCGCGGCCUUGCCUAGGUCAUGGGUUAUGGUGGUGGGGGAGACGUUGGCGGUUGACUCGCUGAUUCUUUCGCUUCCCCUGUCUACCGAGAGUCGGGAAGAUUGUGUGUCGAUUGGGGUAUUUUCGCUAAUUUUCUCGGUGCUGGAGUUGCUCACGGAACUCCAGUACUACGUGGCAGAGGCCAGGGUUAACAUGGUGACGGAUGGGGACGAAGAAAUGGACGCAAGAGGGGCCGAUCGCGAAUCGUAUAGAGUUAGUAAACCACGCAUCAUCCGCCUAGGGUAGACUUUGGCUUUUUAUGCCCGAGGGUAGGCAGUGGCCCCGAAUAGGUGGAGUUUUAACAUUUUGCCACGAUAUCGUGCGAACACACAACUGCCAUUAGUGAGUUUUGGGUUUGAUAGGACUGCAAAGCGGGCACGAACUAGGAAGUGUUGCCUAAAGAACAUGCUUGCAUCGCAUCGAUCGGCGUAGAUUGAGGUCCUCCGGUCGUUUGACAUCUUGAAAUUUGAGACUUUUCCGACAGGUAGCGUGAGAUAUUCGUAUAUGUCCGUUACUUGGAAGGGGGAGAUAGGUUUAUCUUGUAUUAGCCACGCAAGCGGAGCAGAGGAGAAGAGAAGCAUCCAGAGGGAAGAGAGAAGAGUGCCCCAAAACUACCAGAAACGGGGCUCCGCAGUCGCAUCCAGAGUCUCUCAACCACAUACUUCUACAGGUACAUUCUAUCUGCGUCAUACGUAACGGCUACUUUCGACCUACUACUUCCACGUACGAACAUGAGAUACCAUACCCCAGGUAUUGAUCUUGACGUUGAAUUUUCAACAAAGGGCGAUGGU